AUGAGGUCAGAGAAGGGCAGUGUUGGGAUCUGGCAGAGUCAGAAGGGCAGUGGGCAGCUGUGGGCAGUGUCUGAGCAGAGAAGCAGCAGAGUCAGGUUGGUGUUUUGGAAAGAUCACCCUGACUGCACUUGUGAGAGCAUGAUGUUCAUGGUCUGUAAAAUCAUCUAUCCUCAGAUGUUUCUUUAUGUGAAUAUUGUGACUGUGAAUGCACCUGUGGGUGGACAUGUGCAUGAUGACCAAGAAAUCCGUCAGGAAAAUCUGUGUGCAGAUGAGAAUGCAGUAGUCCUGGAGGCUGGAGAGGAAGGAGGUAAGAGACGGCUUGUACAAAGCGUGCUUGCUCAGGGUGAGCUUGAUCAGGGCGAACUUGCUCUGAGCGAACUUGCCCCAAGCAAGCCUGCUCAAGAAGAGCUUGCUCAGUCCGAUCUUGCUCAAGAAUCCACAGGAAUGGUCGAGGGAGAAAACAAAGAAGAAGAAAUGGAAGGAGCACAUGCUGGCGAUGGUAGUUCUGGCCCCAUGGACAAGGGGAUCCAGGCAGAAGGUGGUCAUGGCAGUAGUGUACAACAGCAGCCUCAGCAAGAGGCGGCAAUGCCUGAGGGCACCAAGAGUCUCCAGGCUGGGGACAGGCAGCCUUUACGGCGCUACACCAGAUUUACCCAGUCUCAGCUGCAGGAACUGGAGCGUCUUUUUGAAGAGACUCGCUACCCCAGCUUUCAAGUAAGGAAGGAACUUGCAAUAUCUAUGGGUGUGCCAGAAGCAGAUGUGCAGGAUUGGUUUAGGACCAGGAGAGCCAUUUUCAGGAGAAGCAAUAGAAUGGUGGUGCUGAUUGAUGCACAACCUGUUCCCAAGAACAACGAUCCUUGA